CAAUGCCGAGGCGCGAAUGAGCCACCAGAUUUUGCGGCUCAUCCCAAGUGAAAGACACAAUUGUGGUGCUAAUAGUUGGCACGUUUUACCACUUGUCCGGGAAUCAAAAUCGUUCACUUCCCGCCGUUCCGGGAGUGUGUUAGUGCUCAAACAUAAUCUCUGAUUGUGGACACGUGCAAUGGUGGGAAUAGGAGUGAAUAUUAAGUGAACAAUCAACCCCGGGAAAAUAAAGUCAAUUCCGAUGAUGUUCUCAAUGGAUCCCUUUGACUUCGAUGCCGCCAUGACGCGCCAUCUCUUCGAGGCGACACACCAUCAUUCGAGUCUGACCAAUUCAGGUUCUCCCAGUUCCUCGGACUUCUUCCUCUGUGACGACAACUCCACAGACACAGACUCCUGCGGCGGAUACAACAGUGACCAGGAAAAUACCGCUGAGAAAAUUUUCCGGACACAGAAAGUCAGAAGGGUCAAGUGCGCCUCCCAACAAGCCCAGCAGAGACAGGCGGCAAAUCUCCGGGAAAGACGUCGAAUGCAGAGCAUCAAUGAAGCCUUCGAGGGACUCCGAUCCCACAUUCCCACCCUCCCCUAUGAAAAACGUCUCAGCAAAGUGGACACCCUCAAACUAGCCAUCAGCUACAUCACCUUCCUGGGCGAAAUGGUACGAAAGGAUCGCAAUGGAAAUGAACCAGGACUCAAUGGACUCCAGCGGAAUACAAACAGGGAACCACCAAAGAAAAUCAUCCUCAGAGGAAGUGGAAUGUCUCAUUCACUUUCGUGGCAUCGAAAAGGUGAUAGAGUUCCAGGAGCACGUCUCUUUGCACGUGUCUGGACACCGGAGGAUCCUCGAGCAGCCCAACGAAAUGGCUCAGCAGGACCCUCCUACAUCAAUCAUCAUUCAGCCUGAAAUAAU